UACGUGAUACGCCGUGGCCAUGAACGGAACAUUGCAGGUCGACGAAGCUACCCCUUUGCUAUCAGCGUCACAUACAAGUUUCUCGGAGGAUCGUCCCACUGUUCUUCCUGCGGUGCGUCAGUACCGGUUGGGAGGCUCGACUGACGGUGAUACUCUGGAUUCGCAAUAUGCGUUUUCAUCUGAUGCAGAGCGGAUUGGAUUUCUGUUGCUCGUCCAACUACAUUACAAUGAAUCACAGUACGAUGCUCUGAACACAUCGUCAGACAUCUGGGAAAACUGGCAGCAUGCCAGAGCCGCCUCGGCUGCUGCUGAGCACACUGGACGACGUGCUAGUGAGAUGUUGGAUCAGUUCCUCAUGAACCACAGCAGUUCUUCUGCUAUCCAAACUGUAUUCUGGACAGCUUUUCCGCUAGAAGAUACGGGGAAUGCAACUACCAGAGUAAUUGAUAUAUUGACGAAGGAAUACACUCCUCCGGAGCUUCUCACACACCCCAUCGUCGAAGCCGUGGUCAUUAAGUCCUGGAAGUACGGCACGAAAGCUGAAUCCGCUCAGCAUCACGGCUUGAGCGUAAUUGGGCACUUCGACGCACUUUCGACACCCAGGGUUCUGCAUUUCAUUGAUAUCUUGGGCCGACUGGCCUUUAUGGGUUCACUUAUCCACUAUUUGCUAUAUCCACCACACUUCCACAUAACUCUGGGACAUAAUGAGCAGGGCACUCGAGAGAUAUUUCUCACUUUCGUGUCUGCUGCAUCCCUCGCUCGACGGUGGUCAAUACAUACUCUGCCAGCGAUGCUUGUAUUCCCUGCAUUCAUUUCGACUCUUCCAUCCGUCCCUAUACCUGGAGAUGUCUCGUUCUCUGUACUUCACAUUGCCCUGCUACUCCAGCUGCUUCUCCUUCAUCUGCCUUACUCUCCCAGCUUACCCGUCGCAGUGAAGCCCGAGAAUGUCAUACCUCUCUCUACGUUGCUUUGGCACGGAGCAACUCGCAUCUUCAUGCCGGUCACCCUAUUUUUCUUUCCGGUCCUAUUGCUCGCGGCAUUCCUCGUAUCCGCCUCGCUCGUUGACACUUCCCUGUCAGUGUUACCAAAUUUUCUAGAAGUAACUCCGAUGGACAGCCGAUUCUCAUUCUUCGUCCUUUUCAUCACUGUCAUUGUUUUACUACUGGGUGGACUUGGCAUGACUUUUGCGAUGUUCCCGACCUUGGCAUCAUCAACCGCUUCAAAAAGCAGAUGGGAUUGUUACUCGCGAGAAAUCGGGUUACACGCACGCAGGUCAUUUGUGCAAGCUCUCGUCCAGUAUGAACAUUAUUACUUUCCAGUUCCCUUCAACAUGAUCCAACUUCUUGUGCGAGUGCCUUGCGUGGUCCUUUCUGGGCUCGGGCAUCCAGUAACAUCGUACAUGAAGUCAGUGGAGAGGGUGCUAUGGAGAAUCAGUGUAGGAUUAAUUGGAGCUGUGAUUUCUAGUUUCUGGCUUUGGGGUCUGGCGUAAUCAGUACUUGUUGACGAGCGUGUUGGGUACUGGUAUUUGGAUAGUAUUAAGCAUCCCCAGACAAUCUCCAUAUGAAGUUUUAGUGUCUCAACUCUACGGGUGUACCACUUAUAUGGGAUAAUUACUUAAAACGGAUGCGACGUUUUCGAGUCUU